AUGACUGGCCCGGAACCUCCUCGCCGAAUCCUUCUCGUCAGCAGCCCGCGCACUGCAUCCAACCUGCUCUUGCGGAUCCUCAACCUGAAAGACCAGCCCCACGCGCUCACCAACGAAAUCGGCGGCUACUUCUUCUUCCCUGCGUUCACAACCUCCGCCAAGGACGGCCGGCUCGCCAAAACGCGCGACCAAUGGACCGACGAAGACCGCAAAGAUGUGCAGUCCGCAUACCAAGUGUGCGUGGACCAGCUGGAAGAUUGGAGCGCGCGCGCGGCCAAGGAAGACAAGAUCUUGUUCGCAAAGGAGCACGCCUUCUGGAUCUUUGACCCGACAUCCAUCCACAAGUUAGGGGCCACCGCGUGCGGCGCCGGCGAGGCCGCUAAUGGAAACAAGCAACAUGAGCCCCUCUUCCGGCUCCAGUUCCCCAGCUCCUACGGCGCCUGCGACACGUGGUCGGAUCCGAACGAAACCGCUCUGCCGGACGAGUACCUGCGCACGUGGCGUAUGGCCUUUAUCAUUCGCCAUCCAGCCUUGAUGUGCGCGUCCUUCUACCGUGCCAUGAAGAAGAUGAUCCGCCUGGGAAUUCUGAAGGAGGACGAGUUGCCUGCUGUGUUUGCGACGAACAUGUCCUUCCAGUGGCCGCGGAUGCUAUAUGACUGGAGUGUGGCACAGGGAAUUGCGGGGUUGAAGCCGUUGAUCCUAGACGCCAACGACGUGAUUCACAACCCAGAGGUGGUUGUGAAAUUCAGCGAGCAGAUUGGGCUGGACUCGAGCAAAUUGGUUUUUGAGUGGGAGGCCAACAAGCCCAAAAAUGAGAAUGGAUCACAGCAGAACGGUGCCCAUGAAAAUGACACCCAACGAGCCGAGGGCCCCAAGGACAACGCGUCAAGUAGUUUUGAACGACUGCAGGAUUUCAAAAACGAGGACGCCAAACAAAUCAUGUUGGGCAGCUUGACCGCAUCCUCCGGGGUGUUAAAGGAGAAAGCCCCAGAGACGGUCGACAUUGCGGCCGAGGCCACCAAGUGGAAGGAGGAGUUCGGCGAGGAAGGUGCCUGCAUGGUGGAGAAGGCUGUUCGGGCAGCGAUGGCGGACUACGAGUACCUGAAGGAGCGACGAGUGAGGGCUUAA